CACACCCUCGCUAUCCCUUUUGGUUUUCCGCCGUCUCAUCACUUCGCCCCCAACAACACGCGCUCUCCCCCGCAGCUUUCGCCCAAACCCUAGCCCCCCUACGCCAUGGCCGACGACCACUACUCCUCUAAACGCAAGUACGACGACCCCUCGCCGCCUCCGCCGCGGCGCACGGGCUUCUCCUCCGGCCCGCCGCCCGCCUCACCGCCCGCUGGCUUCGCCCCGUCGUACAAUAGCGUGCCGCCGCCUCCCGACGAGAUCCAGCUCGCUAAGCAGCGCGCGCAGCAGAUAGCGGCGCGGCUUUUCAGCGCUGCCGAGGCGAAGCGCCCCCGCGUCGACAACGGCGACGACGACGUCGGUCUCGGAGGAGGCUCCCUGGGCGGUGGCGGCGGUCGCAUCGGCGGCGGCGGUCUCGGGUUCUCAUCCUCUUCUGCUGGUGGUGGGCAUGGGGCUUCUAUUCCGCCGUUAUCUUCUCAGAGCAGCACACCUCAGUACUCUUCAUAUGGUGGAUACCAGGGUACAAGCAAAAUGAUUGAAAUUCCAAAUGGAAGGGUUGGUGUUAUCAUCGGAAAAGCUGGGGAAACUAUCAGGUAUCUCCAACUUCAGUCAGGUGCAAAGAUACAAGUAACGAGAGACAACGAAGCUGAACCUGGUGCGCAGACAAGACCAGUCGAGCUUUCAGGCACUCCUGAGCAGAUAAGCAAAGCUGAGCAGUUGAUCAAUGAAGUUCUUGCAGAGGCUGAUGCCGGAUCAUCUGGUACCGGAUCUAGCGGGCGAAAAUACAAUGCGCCACAGCCAGGUGCUGAGCAAUUCGAGAUGCAAAUUGCUAAUAACAAGGUUGGUCUGGUUAUUGGAAAGAGUGGUGAGACUAUAAAGUCCAUGCAAGCCAAAUCUGGAGCUCGUAUUCAGGUUAUUCCUUUGCAUUUGCCCCCUGGUGAUCCUGCAACUGAAAGAACUGUGCGUAUUGAGGGCACAAAAGAACAAAUUGAAGUUGCAAAGCAGCUGGUGAAUGAGGUUACCAGUGAGAAUCGUGCCAGAAACCCAAUGUCAGGUGGCUAUUCUCAGCAGGGCUAUCACCCUCCUCGCCCUCAGUCGAAUUGGGGCCCACCUGGUGCACCGCCACCACAGCAGCCUGGUUAUGGUUAUAUGCAGCCUGGAGCUUAUCCUGGGGCACCUCCACAGUAUGGUGCACCUCAGCAACCUUAUGGUAGCUAUCCUCCAACAUCUGGUGGUUAUCAGACUGGGUGGGAUCAAUCUCAGAACCAGCAGUCUCAUACAACUCCCCCUGGUACCGGGUAUGACUAUUAUAGCCAACAGCAGCAACCUCAACAACAACAGUCUGCCCCUGGGACUGCUGCAUCUACUGAUGCUACUAGCUACAGUUAUGGCCAGCCUCCUACAUAUGCUUUGCAAGGUUAUGGUGAUUCUAACUACUCUCAGCAGAGUGGUGGUCAGCAAGCAUAUGGACAUGAUGGUUACUCUGGCUAUCAGACCCAAGGGCAGCAGCAGGGCUACUCGCAACAGACUGGUUAUGAUCAGCAGGGCUAUAGCGCAUCUGCUUAUGGGUCUGCUGCAAACUCCACUCAGGAUGGGUCUGCAUCCAGCUACGGUGGUCCUGGCGGGGCCAGUCAGGCAUCGCCAGGGCAGCAAACUUCUACCCCAUCUUCUGGAAGCCACCCUGGUUAUGCCAGCCAGCCACCCAAUAGUGCUGCAUCAAGCUACCCAGGUCAAGGUUCUGCUCCACCAUCUGGAUAUGGUGCUCCACCACCGCAGUCUGGGUAUGGCACCCAACCGCCACAGCAAGGUGGAUAUGGUCAGAGCGCUUAUGGGCAGCCUUCACCACAAGGCCAGAAACCUCCUGCAUCUUCACCUUAUGGACAGGCUCCGCCUCCUGGAUCUGCUCAGGGUGGUUAUGGGCAGUAUGGUUACAGCCAGCCAGGAUAUGGUGCACCUCCACCUUAUCCUGGUGCACCCCCCUCGAGCCACCUGGGAUAUGGGCAGCAGAAGUCUUAUGGCGACACUUAUGGUAGUGGAAGCUACGGGCAGCCUUCGGCAUACUCUGCUGAAGCAGCAGCACCUGCUGCAGCCCAGGAUCAAGUUGCUGCCCCUGCCACCGCCGCAACAACAGCUGCUCCUGCUCCUGCUAACAGUGGGCCCCCCCAAGCUUCUGCAGAAAGUUAGGCAUCUACUACUGCCGCAACAACAUUUGCAAGCUUCUGCUCUCGUUUCCUCCGGUCUGUUGCUUAAUAUUCAGCUUCUAGUUUAGGGAUGAGGGUUCCAUAUCUGUCUGUUAUGUUGUUUACCUGUUGCUUUAUGUUGACUUCUGUCGUAAAUUGCUAUUUCUUUGCUAUUCGUUAGUACUGUGUUAGUUAUUUUGAUGCCUGGCAUAUAUGUACUGGUGAUAUAUCUGCGCGCGGGUACUCUUUA